CAUAGUAGGUACAGUCAUCUGCGUUACCGUAUAAAUAAGCACAUGGUGCUUGGACAGAAGCACGAACAGCCGUGUCCGCACCGAACCACUUUGUGAAGCUACAGGAACUUCUGUACGUCAGCAUGACUUCUGCGUGCUUUCUGCUCACACUCGUAAUAAUAACAGCUCACGAUGGCAUCAUGGCUAGUACUGACGUGCCUACUACCGUGGCUGAUGUCACGACGUCGGCCGCCGCUACAAUCGGCGAAGAAACAACGUCUCCCUCUACCAGCAUUACAAGCGCUGUCACCACGGCCAUUCCUGGAGAGCCAACAACCACUUCCUCUACCGAAGCUGCGACUAAUGCUGGGACCAGUACUCUUCCUGGAGAUACAUCAUCAUCAUCUGCUGGCACCACAACAACUUUUACCACUAGUGCUGCUGACAAUGCAACAACCGUCACGUCUAUUAUUAUCACAAAUGGUGCUACCACGGCUGGUCCUGGAGAAACUACAACAAUUUCAUCUGUUGAUGCGACAACUACUGCUACGACGACACCGUAUACCACGACAGUGACAACUCCAUCUACACAAGGUUCCUGCGUCGAGGCGACGCUGCCAGAUGUCAUAGGCUUGAGCAAGUGCCUUGGAAACAGCCUCAACUUGUGUGCAGGGGACAAGACGGUGGGUGAAGGCUUGAUGACAGUAGCCAGUUGCACCGCGACCAGCGUCUUCAAUAAUUUGUCACCACAGAAUGCUCUGUAUUCUCUACGAGUCAUGCUCGUAGCAUUUGUGAACAAGUUCUCAACAUUCUUGGGACGAUCUUUGGACAUCUUCCUUAGUGCCUUGAGUCCGAGUGGAUCCGUGAGGGAUGCUGUCUGUCAUGGCGAAAUCAGACUUGGCUUUCCCAGCAGCUAUGGAAAGUGCCUAAACGAAACACUAAAGCUUUGCAAAAAUGGGACACUCAUCAAUGUGUCUUUUGUGCAGUCAUUGAUCGCGGGCAACAUGUGCUUCAUGAAGGAAACGAUUACUACGUCUCCACUGGAUAUGACACGAACCUUCUUCUGCAACAUUCUGCGUGGAGCAAAGGCUUUGUUCGGAAAUAUAUUUUUUAUCGGACCUAUUAUGUACGACCAGCUGUAUAACGCAGUGUGUAUAUAGGGCUCGUGCAAGACUAUCCAGAGGAUAAAGUUCCCGAAUUGGGUAAUGCGAAUGACAGUCAAUAAAGCACAACUUAUUAAAGAUUGC